GCUAGCCUCACUUUAAUUCCCUUUGGAUUUAUCUCUCCAUUAGCCUCCAAUUAUUCAUCUCCUUCACUAAUCCAAACCCCUUAUCGCGGUCGCAGCUGAGUCGUAUUCCGCCAUUUUAACCUUAGGCCAAGCCUGAUCGAUCUUCGCCUCCCCGAUUUUGCUCUCCUCCAUCAUGAAUUUUGGCCCGCACAAGCUGUCCCUCUUGCCCAUGCUAUCCUUCUGUGUUCCCAGAAGAUAACACCGGCCGAUUCUUGCUUCCUUUUACCGGGAUCCAGGUUUCAGAUCCCAGAUUUUGCCGAGUCAACGGGAGAUCUGCUGUUAUUGGUCUUCAACCCCUGCAACGUCUUGCAUCGGUGACUGCGUGGCGGUGCAGCUUAUCCCUCCGUCGGAUUUCUAGAUCACAAAAGAAGCGAAAAGAGCAGAGCUCCUGUGGGUACCCCUCCCGGGUGGUGGUUAUAUGUGAGAGAAAAGUCAUCACGUCUCGUGCUACACCGAGAUCGCUGGUCCUCCAUGGACGAGGAAGAAGACGUACGCCCGAGGCGUAUUAAACCCGGCGCGAGAUUCCUCUCGGGCCUUCGUUCACUGCAGCGGUGGUUGGUUUUCCUAAAGUCCAAGAUCCCUUUCCUGAGAGAGAUCCAUGUCAACUUCAUCUUCCUCCAUUACGUCUACAUUCUUUCCUGGAUCAUCAUCGGAUCCGUCAUCGUUUACCCCAGUGCAAACCUCCGCUAUAUCGAUGCUCUUUUCUUCGCAGCUGGGGCCGCUACGCAGUGCGGUCUGAAUCCGGUGGAUUUCAAUUUGUUGCGUACAUACCAGCAGGUCAUUCUAUAUAUCAUAUCCAUGUUUACAACCCCCAUUUUCAUCAAUUCCUGCGUGGUGUUUUUUCGUCUGUAUUGGUUCGAGAAGCGCUUCGAGAAUGUCGUUCGCGAGGCCAAAGAGACGCGUCGCUCCCGCGCAAGAACCUUCACCUUCACCAGCAAGGAUGAGCGCGAUGUUGACCGGGAAGAAAGGGGCAUCGGGGGUCGACCGAUCGUUGUUCUUCGCGAUGAAGCGGGAGAGGCCCGCGGCCGGGGCCUGAACCACCCCGUGGCCAAGACGUCCGAUAAUGGCAACUCCGAGUCCGAGACCGAGUCACCCUCAGGGCGCAGCGCUGCCGACCCCAUUGACCAUGAGAAGCAUUCCUCAGACUUUCCUCACCGAUUUGGAUUGGGGAACUUGCGAGUUCCUGUUCAGUUGAGUCCCGAACAUCAUAUCGCCUUCCUGGAGAAACAGCGGAAGAACCGAGGUGCUCUACGGAUUCCCAGCCCCCGGGAGUAUGACCGUGGUGGAGGGCCGCAGACAUUGGAAGACGAGGAGGAUAGUAUUACCCGAACCGACACCCAUCAGUCUAGGUCUGCAAAUGGAUCCGACGUCACCGACACGAUAAGUCCACUUGAUAACCAGCAUGUCAUGUUCACCGAGCCGGAUAUGUCGCGCACGCGAACACGAGGGACGACCAUUCCUCGAACAGAGACUCGUGCUAGCUGGCGUGACAACUUCACGCGGCCGUGGCAUCGAGUCCGCCCGCUGCAUACCAUACGGAAAUCAUUGACGGGGGAGAGAGAUCGGACAACCUUACCGUAUCUCAGUUGGAAUGCUACUGUCGGUCGCAAUUCUAGAUUCUUCGACUUGACCGAGGAACAGAGAAACGAGCUAGGCGGGAUUGAGUACCGCGCCCUGAAGACCCUGGCCGUCGUGCUGAUCAGCUACUACCUUUUCUUCCACAUCUUCGGGAUCAUCGGUCUUGUGGGCUGGAUUAUGUGCAAUUCGAAAUGGGGUUCCGUCGUCACACAAGAUGGACAAGGACGUCCGUGGUGGGGUGUCUUCAUGUCCCAGUCCGCCUUCAACGAUGUCGGGUUCACCUUGACUCCGGACUCGAUGAACUCCUUUCAAAACGCUGUCUGGCCCCUUCUGCUGAUGGCAUUCCUCAUCAUCAUCGGCAAUACCGGUUUUCCUUGCAUGCUUAGGUUGAUCAUCUGGGUCCUCUCAAAACUCGUAAGGUCAGGGUCCGCCCUCUGGGAGGAAUUGCGGUUUCUCCUCGAUCAUCCCCGUCGCUGUUUUACCCUCCUUUUCCCUCGGAAUGCAACAUGGUGGCUUUUUGCGAUUCUCAUUAUUCUCAAUGGGACAGAUCUGAUCUUAUUCAUCAUUCUGGAUCUUAACGAUGAGGCCGUCAUUGGUCUUCCUCCUGGCUACCGCGUCUUGGAUGGUUUCUUUCAGGCUGCAUCCACCAGAACUGCUGGUUUCGCGGUUGUCAACCUAGCAGAUCUGCACCCUGCCGUGCAAGUGUCCUAUUUGAUCAUGAUGUAUAUCUCUGUUUUCCCUAUUGCUAUCUCCCUGCGUCGCACGAAUGUGUACGAGGAGAGAAGUCUGGGGAUAUAUCACGACGAUUCGGCCGACGAAACUGAGGAACCGAACACUGCGCGCACUUACAUUGGAACUCACUUGCGCAAGCAACUUAGCUUCGACCUGUGGUAUGUCUUCUUGGGAUUAUUCAUUAUCGCGAUUGCCGAGGGCGGCCCUCUCCGAGAUACGAACAAGCCUGCCUUCGAAUUAUUCAGUGUUCUGUUCGAAGUUAUCUCCGCCUAUGGCACCGUCGGCCUAUCGCUCGGCUAUCCGAAUAGCAACGCCUCGUUUUCCGCCCAAUUCAAUGUCAUCGGGAAACUGGUUAUCAUUGCCAUGCAGAUCCGCGGUAGACACCGUGGCUUACCGUAUGCUCUUGACCGCGCUAUUUUGCUUCCGUCGGAGUCGCUCCACCAUGAGAUGUCGGAGGCAGACAAGAAGCCUUAUCGCAAACAGUCGACCGCCAGUGAUAUAUCUCGACGGCAAUCCAACGCGCAAAACCAACCGGAUGCUGGUAUUUCCACAGGGAUGGACGUGCAGGAUCACGCCCUACCUUCAGCAAUCAAUAAUCGGGAACCUAUCCUUCGUCGUCAGUCGACUUUACGAGGCUGAGAAGAGACUCCAGAUCUCAAUAGAGUUGCUGUCUCUAGCAAUGGCGUUUGUGGAUACCUUUCUGUCACUGGUGACUUAAACAUGUUCGAUUACAGCAGGACAUAUUUAUGGUGCAUACUUUGUGCCUGUAUUGCAUAUAUGCUUUUAAUAUUAGUAGCAUACUGUUUGACUGGUUGAUUUCCUUAUUGGAAGGAUGUGGAUGUUAUGUAAAUGACUCUGGCAAUAUGUCUCUUCUUAACCAUAAUUUCCCAGUAGUUAACUAAAUGUCAAAGAUUUGUCAUCAGCAGACAGAGGCUUCUGAUAGAUCUUUUCUGCAGGC